GGGGUGUUUGGGGGGGCGCUGGCGGCGGGGGGGAGCUCUCCGGAGCUCCCGCGCGCCCUGCUCGUUGUUAGCCAUGGCAAAUGGCAGCGGCGUCGCCAGCAGCAGCAGCAGCAGCAGCAGCGCCUCGGGAGGCAGCGGCGGCGUUAGAAUGAGUAACAGCAUCAGCGCCGGCAAUCUCAACACGGACUCGUCCUCGUCCCCGGUCAGCGUGCCCAAGAUGGAUGCGCUCAUCAUCCCGGUGACCAUGGAGGUGCCCUGCGAUAGCCGCGGCCAGCGCAUGUGGUGGGCUUUCCUCGCCUCGUCCAUGGUCACGUUCUUUGGCGGGCUCUUUAUCAUCCUGCUCUGGAGGACCCUCAAGUACCUGUGGACCGUCUGCUGUCACUGCGGGGUCAAAAACAAGGAGGCCCAGAAGAUUAAUGCUGGUGGGGAAACCCAGGCUGAUGGGACCUGUAAACCUACAGAUGAGAAAGAGGAGACUGUCGCAGCAGAAGUGGGCUGGAUGACCUCUGUGAAAGACUGGGCAGGAGUGAUGAUAUCUGCCCAGACUCUAACUGGCAGAGUCCUUGUUGUCUUAGUCUUUGCUCUUAGUAUUGGUGCUCUUGUAAUAUACUUCAUAGAUUCGUCAAACCCAAUAGAAUCCUGCCAGAAUUUCUACAAAGAUUUCACGUUACAGAUAGACAUGGCUUUCAACGUAUUCUUCCUACUCUACUUCGGCUUGCGUUUCAUUGCAGCCAAUGACAAGCUGUGGUUUUGGCUGGAAGUUAACUCGGUAGUAGAUUUCUUCACAGUCCCUCCAGUGUUUGUGUCAGUGUAUUUAAACAGAAGUUGGCUUGGUUUAAGAUUUUUAAGAGCCCUUAGACUGAUACAGUUUUCAGAAAUUUUGCAGUUUCUGAAUAUCCUAAAAACAAGUAAUUCCAUCAAGCUGGUGAAUCUGUGCUCUAUAUUUAUCAGCACAUGGCUGACAGCAGCUGGGUUCAUACAUUUGGUGGAGAACUCAGGGGAUCCAUGGGAAAAUUUCCAAAAUAACCAACCACUUACAUAUUGGGAAUGUGUUUAUUUACUAAUGGUUACAAUGUCCACUGUUGGCUAUGGAGAUGUUUAUGCAAAAACAACCCUUGGUCGCCUUUUCAUGGUCUUCUUCAUCCUCGGGGGAUUGGCCAUGUUUGCCAGCUACGUCCCUGAAAUCAUAGAGUUAAUAGGAAACCGCAAGAAAUAUGGUGGUUCCUAUAGUGCGGUUAGUGGAAGAAAGCACAUAGUUGUCUGUGGUCACAUAACACUUGAAAGUGUGUCCAACUUCCUGAAGGACUUCCUGCACAAGGACAGGGAUGAUGUGAACGUGGAAAUCGUCUUUCUGCAUAAUAUCUCCCCUAACCUUGAGCUGGAAGCUCUUUUUAAACGACACUUCACUCAGGUGGAAUUUUAUCAGGGUUCAGUUCUCAAUCCGCAUGACCUGGCGAGAGUAAAGAUAGAGUCAGCAGAUGCAUGCCUAAUCCUUGCCAAUAAAUACUGCGCUGACCCAGAUGCUGAAGAUGCCUCCAAUAUUAUGAGAGUAAUUUCUAUAAAGAAUUACCAUCCGAAGAUAAGAAUUAUCACUCAGAUGCUGCAGUAUCAUAACAAGGCCCAUCUGCUAAAUAUCCCAAGCUGGAAUUGGAAAGAAGGGGAUGACGCAAUCUGUCUUGCUGAACUCAAGCUGGGUUUCAUAGCCCAGAGCUGCCUGGCACCGGGCCUCUCGACAAUGCUAGCCAACCUCUUCUCUAUGAGGUCAUUCAUAAAGAUUGAGGAGGAUACGUGGCAGAAAUACUAUCUAGAAGGAGUCUCAAAUGAAAUGUAUACAGAAUAUCUAUCUAGUGCCUUUGUCGGUCUGUCUUUCCCUGCAGUUUGUGAACUGGUGUUUGCAAAGCUAAAGCUCUUAAUGAUAGCCAUAGAAUACAAGUCAGAAAAACGGGAAAGCAGAAGCCGAAAGCGUAUAUUAAUCAAUCCUGGAAACCAUGUCAAGAUUCAAGAAGGUACUUUAGGAUUCUUCAUUGCAAGUGAUGCCAAAGAAGUGAAAAGGGCAUUUUUUUACUGCAAGGCCUGUCAUGAUGACAUCACGGAUCCCAAAAGGAUAAAAAAAUGUGGCUGCAAACGGCCCAAGAUGUCCAUCUACAAGAGAAUGAAACUGGCAUGUUGUUUUGAUUGCGGACGCUCUGAGCGUGACUGCUCUUGCAUGUCAGGCAGUGUACAUAGUAACAUGGACACCCUUGAGAGAGCCUUCCCACUUUCUUCUGUCUCUGUUAAUGAUUGCUCCACCAGUUUACGUGCCUUUGAAGAUGAACAUCCGUCGACACUGUCACCCAAAAAAAAGCAGCGAAAUGGAGGCAUGAGAAAUUCACCCAACUCCUCGCCCAAACUGAUGAGGCAUGACCCCUUGUUAAUUCCCGGCAAUGAGCAGAUUGACAACAUGGAUGCCAGUGUGAAAAAAUAUGACUCCACGGGGAUGUUUCAUUGGUGUCCAGGAAAGGACAUUGAAAAGGUCAUUUUGACCCGGAGUGAAGCAGCGAUGACAGUUUUAAGUGGUCAUGUGGUCGUUUGCAUAUUUGGGGAUGCUAAGUCUGCAUUGAUUGGAGUAAGAAAUCUAGUGAUGCCAUUACGAGCCAGCAACUUUCACUACCAUGAACUCAAGCACAUUGUGUUUGUGGGUUCACUUGAAUAUCUGAAAAGGGAAUGGGAGACGCUGCAUAACUUCCCCAAGGUUUCAAUCUUGCCUGGUACGCCAUUAAGUCGGGCUGAUUUAAGGGCUGUCAACAUCAACCUCUGCGACAUGUGCGUUAUCCUGUCAGCCAAUCAGAAUAAUAUUGAUGAUGCUUCGCUGCAGGACAAGGAAUGCAUCUUGGCGUCACUCAACAUCAAAUCUAUGCAGUUUGAUGACAGCAUUGGGGUCUUGCAGGCUAAUUCCCAAGGGUUUACACCACCAGGAAUGGAUAGGUCAUCUCCAGACAACAGUCCGGUCCAUGGUCUGUUACGUCAACCCUCAAUCACAACAGGAGCCAACAUACCUAUUAUAACAGAGCUAGCUAAGCCUGGCAAACUUCUGCCUUUGGUUUCAAUCAGUCAGGAAAAAAACAGUGGAACCCACAUACUAAUGAUAACUGAACUGGUAAACGAUUCAAACGUUCAGUUUUUGGACCAAGAUGAUGACGACGACCCAGACACAGAAUUGUAUCUUACACAGCCAUUUGCAUGUGGAACUGCAUUCGCCGUCAGUGUAUUGGACUCCCUCAUGAGCGCUACAUACUUCAAUGACAAUAUCCUCACACUGAUACGGACGUUGGUAACAGGAGGAGCCACACCAGAGCUGGAAGCGCUGAUUGCUGAGGAGAAUGCACUGAGAGGAGGCUACAGCACGCCCCAGACACUUGCAAACAGAGACAGGUGUCGAGUUGCUCAGUUGGCUUUGUAUGAUGGGCCAUUUGCAGACCUAGGGGAUGGUGGUUGUUAUGGAGAUCUGUUUUGUAAAGCACUGAAAACAUACAAUAUGCUUUGUUUUGGAAUUUACCGAUUGAGAGAUGCACAUCUAAGCACACCUAGCCAAUGCACUAAACGCUAUGUUAUCACAAACCCACCCUAUGAGUUUGAGCUUGUGCCCACAGACUUGAUCUUCUGUUUGAUGCAAUUUGACCACAAUGCUGGCCAGUCCCGGGCCAGUCUCUCUCAUUCCUCCCACUCUUCGUACUCCUCCAGCAAAAAGAGCUCAUCGGUUCACUCUAUCCCAUCGACAGCAAACCGACAGAACCGCACCAAGACUCGGGACUCCCGGGAAAAACAGAACACAGAAGGUGUAUCUCUAGGAAACAUAUGCAAGAGGAGGAGUCGCAUGGUAGCUGCCAAACAGCAAGAGGUGUUUUUAUGUGCAACAAGGAUGAAUAGAAUGGGCCAAGCAGAAAAGAAAUGGUUUACAGAUGAGCCGGAUAAUGCAUAUCCCAGAAACAUUCAAAUCAAGCCCAUGAGCACUCACAUGGCCAAUCAGAUCAAUCAGUAUAAAUCUACAAGCAGCUUGAUACCACCAAUCAGAGAAGUUGAAGAUGAAUGUUGACUCACAGGAGGCCAGAACUAUUUUUUUAAAAGCCUGACAAACUUCAUGAAUGGUGAUGUGACAUUUAUUCCUCUUACAUGCCGACCCACUCGUGGAAAAGUUAUGAAGGGCGAGUGUUAUGGAAAACUAAAGUAGACAGAUCUUUGUUUGUCUGCCUUUAAUAUUGCUUCCAUGUAUUUUGGAAACUAUUUCAUUUAUAAAUGAACAUAAUCAAAAAUAGUCAUGUAUAGCCUCUAGCAUUUUAAAUUAUUUUUAUUUAUUAGAAAGAAAAUAUAUUUUUCUUUUUUUCAUCGUCAGGUUUUUUCCCCCCCUUAAAACAGCUGCAUAUGUGGCCAGACUCCUAAAAAAAAUUUUUUUUAAAUCUGCUCUUGCUAUCUCUCAUCUUUGAGGAGAAUGAUGGUCACAAUUAUGAGGAAAUGUAACCAAGGGAGAUAAGUAAUAUAUUAAAAAAUACAAGAUCCAACUUGUAUUUUAAUAAAUCAAAAAAAGAAAAAAAGAACAGUUCACCAACAUGUUUCUUUACUGGAGACUAUGUAUUUUGUUCAGCAUUGACACCAGCUCUUAAUAAACUGAAACAUAUUUAUUUUCAAAGCUGAAAGUCAUAUUUUUGUAGAAUUAACAUUCUUUCUGAACUAUUCAUCGUUUUAUUACCAUAUACAGCGAAGACCUUCCUAACGAUCAUCUUAAGCACCGGUAAAUUUAAGGUCAAAAACAACCAAAACCAUGCAUUGGUAACUUUCUAUGACAAUAGGGUAGUGAACAUUAGUGUAAAACAAAGGGCAUGCAGAUAAGAAUCUCAUAGUGGCACUUUCUUAUAGGUUGCAAAAUGUGCAAUUCUGCUUUGCUUCAUGUUGCAUAUUAUCAAUCAGCAUUUGCCGACUCAUGGAGUUCAACCUUGGAAAAUCCUCUUCUUUUGCCAGGUUUCUGAGUAUUUUAAUGCAGGGUGUCUAAACAGUACAUCAGAUCAUGAUAUUCUAAACUCACUCAUCUACUAUAUUUAACUGAGUUCUUGUUUAAAACUACUGGAGUUGGGCCUGAACCAAACUUUAUCUGAGCCAAACACUCCUUGAAAUGUGGCAAAGUUUGGGUCCAUAGCACACUUUUGCUGAUGGCCCAUGUUUCAGCAACAGAUAGAAUCAAAUGCCCAGCUCUGAGCACACCUGCACGAUAGGUGAGUUCAGAUCAGGGUACAAACUCUGCAGCUCAGGCUCAUGUCUACAGUGUCUCAACUUGUUGUUGCCAGUUCAUUUCUAUAAAAAUCUUUUCAAUGUUAUUGUUUGCUUAUUUCUUUAAGUUGCUGGGACUCCACUCAUAAAGGUACAGUGAUAACCAAAACAAAACAAUAGCAAUGAAUGUAUUUAAUAUGAUAACUUACAAAAAGCCGUUGAAAAGCUGCCUACAGUGAAAUCAAUUGUAUCAGCAGUUUCACAAAGUGGCCAACAAGCUUUAUAGCCAUCAGACAAAAUUGUGAUGUUUCAUAUCUGUGCUGCAGUAUGUAUUCACCCAGGCAUUUGAUGUUCUAAGCGAUUUAGCAACUCUCUCAAUUUCAAAUUAACAUUUGAUACAACUGGAUGAAAGAAUGAGCUACUGAGGAUAAAAAAGGCCCCACAGGAAAAGAAAGGUAGGGUCCCAUUGCGCAAGUUAAUUUUAGGCUUUGUACUUUUGCAGAGUUGUAAAAAACCAAGAUAAAACAUACUGUGGCACUAUUAUCAUUAGAGAAAUAUCAGUGAGUCAGACACAUACAGAGCAGAUGAAUUUACUGUGGAAAAAACCGUCCACUAUAUAAUCCAACAUUUAAGCUAAACUAUCUCAGCUUCAAUGUUUGUUCACUGGCUGCAGUACAAAUGUAACCAUAACGCCACCUAAACAGGCUUUAUUCUGGAGUGACUUUUUGGACUGUGACUACUUUGUUGUUACAUUUUGUAGAUUAGUAAUUUUAAAAAAAAAUUAACAAGAAUUGUGAAUAUAAUGUAUGUAAAAUUGGAUUGUUUAAAAAUAUUUAUAAUCACUAUCCUAUGAAGAAACAAAAUAACUUGAGCAGUUUUUAUUAAUAUUUAACCCAUUUUGCAAUACCCAAAAUAAAGGAAGAAUCUGGUGGUUUUGAUUUGUUACCACUUUAGCUAAUGGCAGGCUAUAAUUUGCAUUCUGGUUUUGCAUUGGGUCACUUUAAACCUUUCCUUUAAAGUCAGUACUCCUUUUUCAUUCAUGAACUGCAAUAAUUUUAUUACCAGAGUAAAGAGUUGGCCUCAAUCCCAAUAAAAUUGUUGAAAUUUGUGUCAAUCUUAGCCAAAUACAUUUGAUUUUUAUAGGUCACUUGUUUUAUGGCAGGCAUAGGAAAUUAUUUCUGUAACAUUCAACUUAAGAGUACUUAAAAUUAUUGUGCACAGUGCCAUUUCUUAGCAUCCUUCCUUUCAAUAAAAACUUUAUCAUAUACAUGAGAAUAAAAAAAAACCCACCAACAUUGCCAAAGCCUGUAUGUCUGUGUCUGCUGUUGAACUAAUACCCAGUGUGACUGCCACUAUAAUGAAGUCUUGGCCAACACAAGACUCAGAUCUAUUAAUACAGCUAAUGGCCAUAGCAUCCAUGUAUACAAACAGAUCUGGGGGGCUGUAAAUAAUUAACAACAAACAUUUCCUACUCUUUCCUUUGAUUACUAAAGAGUUUUUGAGGCAAAGGUCUGGAUUUGGUAAGUUUUUGACAGACGUAGAACACCUGGGGCACAGGUGAACUAUCAUACAUAUAUAGUAUACUGUAUUCAGUAGAACCAUGUAUAGUUAAUUAUAUGGAGGACAGGAAAGUUCCAGUUUUUAGAUCUUUUGCAAUUAAAAACAAUGGUCAAAUGGAGGCAAUGUGUGUGCAUCUGAAAGCUCUGUCCUCUAUACCCAUCCUGGGUCUGUCCUGUCAUUUAUUCAGUGCAGUAAUUAGAGUUGGGACAGGUCUAUUAAAUCUAUCCCUCUGCCAUGACAAGAUGUAGUCCCCCUGAUAUAGGACGUAUCAAAUACUAAACUGAUAAUUCAUUGGUCAAAAGGCCAUGAAGCUGCAAUACAAUCUGUGUAUGUGUGCAUGCGUACAUGUGUGUGUCAGUCAUCAGGGCCUCUCAAGCAAAGUGACUACUGGAAUGUCACAGGGCCUAAUUCUCAUUUGAGAUAGACACGCCCAACUCAUGCUUUCUUGAAUGGGAGCCCAGUGCACCUGGCUAAGGGCAGAGAGAUAGAUCGGAAUCACUGAAGGUGUUGUUCAGAGGGCUGGCAAAAAAGCUCUCAGAACUACUUAAGCCCUGCACCGGGGAGCAGCUGCAUCUCUACAUUAGCAGGGACAUAAGGAGAAGGCCACAGGAUCUGCAGUAAUGAGGACCCAGAGCAAACCUACCAAGCCACACAAGUUGCAUGGAGGAGCUGAUGUCUCUAUUCCAGCACUGAGGCUGGAGAAGCAGCUGCAGGUGGGUAGGCGGACUGCACCAACCCACGUUGAAGGUGAGGGUGAAUUUUGCCUUAUCCCAACUGACAGUAUAGUCAGCCAAAUAAAGCCCUAUGACUCAGGCUUUAUGCAUGUGACACCAGGUGACAAGAAUUUUUCACCCUUAAGGAAACAGAUGACUGGAUAAAUGAGGCAUGCUGCUUUAUAAGGGAGACACCUUUUCCUCUCCACACACAUCUUGGUAAUGUGCAAUGAUGCGGAAGGAAGUACAGAAAAAUAUAUUUUAAAUGAAGUUUUGAUAAAAUAUUACAUUUCUAAAAAUUUGCCAGAUGACAACUUGGGUCCUUUAAGCAUCUGAAGUACAUAGAGAAAAAACAAAUGAAACAAGCAAACUCUAUUUGUGAAAUAGCCCUUAGGAAUUUUGCAAUAAUCGGAUGCAUAAAUUACUGCACAACAAGAGCAAUAACUUACAAAUAGUAAUUAUGCAUGUUUUCACUGCCUGUUUGCAUACUAUACAAUCCAUAGCUAUGUUAGCUAUGGCCCCAUUAUAGAUAUCCCAGUCUCAAAGUUACUGUACAAAGCCAUACCUCCUUAACUGGAAUCACAUUGAGAACGGCUUCAAGAAGCCAACGAGUUUUGAAAUAAACUUGUAUUCAAUGUUCUAGCAAGUAUUACUGCACAUUCCCCUACCCUGAUAUAAGUUAAUGUCCCUGCUUUGUUUUUAUUUUUUUAAAUUAUGUUCUGAAAGCAAAACAAAUAAAGGGAAGGGAGGGAGGGUGAGUGCAAAGGCUUUUAGAGUGUCUUUGCAUGGCUCACAUAGCUUUCAGUGGUUUGGGCAGGAAACUCUUAUCAAUGUCACUGAGAGCUGUAUGGGAAAAUCUAGGGAAGAGUGUGUUUCUUAUGGUUCACAGUUUGCUAGCUCUCUUCCACAGCACCAGUCUGUAAAAUUUUGAUGCUGCUUUUAAAUCAAGUACUAAGAUAGGAGCCCAACUGGUACAUAAAAAUCCUGAUAACUAAGGCCCUGAUACAGCAAAGCAUUUAAAUGAGUAGAUAGUUCCACUGUAUUAGCCACAUUCAAGUAAAUGAGACUAUGCACUUGCUUAAAGUUAAGCACAUGCUUCGAGUCCUUUGCUGGAUCUGGGCGAAACUGAAGACAUCUUCAACCAGGUUUUUUAUAGGGCCUGUUAUAAUUUAUUUUGUGUGUUUUCAGAUCUUCAACAGAAAAAAUGUUUUUACUUUAAAUAUGACCCACUGCAAGUCAUGGGUACGAACACAAUGUUCACAAAGGUAUAACAUAAAUAAAAUACUAGCAUAAUUCAGGUGUGUUCAGUAUGAGUGAAAUUCUCCACUGUGCAGAGUUGUCAACACAAGGCCCAUGGUACAGCCUACGUUUUGAGAUGUUAAGUGCCUUGUGUUUCUCCAGGGGGGAGAAGUUCAUCCUAAAUGAGACAGGAUAUUAUACUAAAAUCCAGAAAUUAGCAAGUUUGUACCUUUGCAGAUAUGUCAUAUGGUUAUAUGCUUUAAAAACCUUUGGCCACAGAGGUUUGAGACCAAUCUCAAUCUUUGCUUUCACAAGAAGUAAAAUUUACACCUACUUUUAUUUUGUACAGUGGGAUAGUUUUUUUCAUCUCUUAUUUUCCUUCAAUGUGUGUUUACUAUCCCAGUUUUUAGGUCUUUUUCUGUUCAACAUAUGUAAGCUUCUUUUCCAGGUUCUCUGAUAUUUAGCAGGCAUAUUCAUUUGCAGUUUUUUCUAAUUAACAGCAUUAUGCAUACUCACACAUCUUGCACAGAAAUCUAGCGAUAUGGCACAUAAAACCAAGUAAAAACUAGCUAUUGAAUAAUCUAUAAACUGCAGUAGUCUAUAUAUCCAAAUAAACUCUAGUGGAUUAUAUACCAAAAGGAUAAGGACCUAUCCACCUAACCUAUUUUUGAACUACUAAAAAAUAUGUUUAGAGUCAGCCUUAGCAAAAAAUUAGAAUAAACCUCUUUUAUUACUUUGUUCCUCAUUACAAGAGUAUGAUAAAUAUCCAUACAAUACUGCCCCAUUCAUACGUCUAAUCCAGAACCCGUUGAAGUUGACAGAAGACUCCCAUUGAUUCAAUGAACUUCAGAGGAGGCCUGCAUGAACAAAAGAAUGUAGGCACUCAGGGGCACAAGAAUAAAUGGAGAAAUUUCUGCAAUUUUUAUUGAAUUUAUUUAUUAUUUGAGAUUGAAAAGUGGGUAUGGGAAGUUUUCUGGUAACCAGAAGAUGAGUUUAGGGAAUCUCACCAACAUGCCAGCUGAAAAGAAUCCUGUCCUACAUUUUUUUUAAGCAGCACUUAAAAAUCGCCCCCUCCCCCCGAUAUUGUUU